CGCAGGCGUCGGGAAAUGUUCGAAGACACCCCGAAGGAGAACCUGAUGGCGUGGCAAGGAGGCGCGUCCUGGAGCCUCGAGUCCCUCCUCAGUCGCUGCCUCUACGCCCUCGCGCCCGUGCUCGCCGCCCUCCUGCUCAGCCAGAUCUACAGGAGGCAACAGAAGGUAUGGCUGAUCGAGCAGCUCCCUGGACCCAAGGGGCUUCCGCUUCUGGGAAACCUCCUGCACAUGUGGGUCGACCACGAAGAACUCUUCCGGCGCCUCUGCAAGAUCUGUGAACUCGGCAACGUUGCAAGAUUCUGGGUAGGAAGCAAGCCGUACUGCAUCGUGAGCAGCGCCAGGACGGUUGAGACAAUUCUCAGCAGUUCAAAACACAUCGACAAGAGCUGGGACUACACGCUCUUCCGCCCUUGGCUUGGAGAAGGACUGGUCACGUCCACGGGUGUCAAGUGGCACACGCGUAGGAAGAUGCUGACGCCCGCUUUCCACUUCAAGAUCCUGGAGGAUUUCGUGGACGUCUUCACAGCUCAAGCCGAAAUUCUGGUUGAAAAACUGAAGACCAAGGCGGACGGACGACCAUUCGACAUUUACAAUGAUAUCACGCUGUGUGCUUUGGACAUCAUCUGUGAAACAGCCAUGGGGAGGAGCAUCAACGCCCAGGGAAACUCCGAAUCAGAGAUCGUGAAAGCCAUUCACAAGAUGGGGACCUUGAUCCAGUUCCGGCAGUUCCGUCCGUGGCUGCAUUCCGACUUCGCUUUCCGCCUCACCAGCCACGGCAGGGAGCAAGAGAAGUGCCUGAGGGUGAUCCACGGACUCGCUACGGACACUAUUGAAUUGAGGAGGAAGGCGAGGCAAGAGGAGAAGAGGUGGAGGAGAGAGGAAGAAUGGAGAAGAGAAGAUGAUGCCUGUGGCAUCCCCGGCCAGAAGACCCGCCACGCCUUCUUGGAUCUCCUUCUGGAAUAUUCCGAGAAUGAUCCAACGAUCACGGACGAGGACAUACGCGACGAAGUGAACACUUUCAUGUUCGCCGGACACGACACCACCUCCGCCGCUAUGAACUGGUUCCUGUACACCAUGGGAAGCCACCUGGACGCACAGGAGCGCGUUUUCGAGGAGAUCGAAGCCGUGAUGCAGGGUUCCGACAGAGCGCCGUCCGCGUCCGACCUGCGGGAGAUGAAGUACCUUGAGCUGUGUCUGAAGGAAACUCUGAGGCUCUUCCCCCCGAUUCCUAUGAUCAUUAGAGAGCUGAAGGAAGAUGCCGUUAUCAACAACUACAGCAUUCCCGCCGGCACGAGCAUCGUGAUCCACGUGUUCCGCCUCCACCGCGACCCGGAGCAGUUCCUCGACCCGGAGGUGUUCGACCCGAACCGCUUCCUGCCUCAAAACUCCAUCAGGAGACACAACUACGCCUUCGUCCCCUUCAGCGCCGGUCCUAGGAACUGUAUCGGGCAAAAGUUCUCUCUCCUCGAGAUGAAGGCCAUCCUGUGCAGCAUCCUACGCAAGUUCCGUGUGGAGAGUGUCGUCCCUCGGAAGGACCUCAAGCUUCUGGCGGAGCUGAUCCUCCUUCCUAAGGGCGGGAACCUCGUGAGACUGUUCCCCAGGGAUGAAGGAGACGACGGCCGAAUCACAAAACCGCCCAUAGCAACGCGAGGAAUCCUGGAAGGCGAUCGUCUCGAAGGGGAAAUUGCCCUUGGCAUUGGACUGAAAGGGCUCGCUAGCAGUCGGCGGUUUGCGUCGGUCUCUCGGUGGCGGGAAAUAUUAACCAGGAGGUUUCAGUCGCAUACUGAUUACAGAGUAGACAAGAGCCUUCAGCUGCAGAAGCUCAGAACUGCUCGCUUCGGGGGUUACAGGCAGUUUCAGAGCUGGCUGUUGAGGGAGCGUGCUGGAAAUGUCUCUCAGAACCCUACCCUGCUAGCAGCCCACUUCUCGAGGCGAGCGCCAGGGAGGACCAUGGAAGAGGGCCGUUCGUGGCUGGGCGUCGGGUCGCCCGGCCUGCCGACCUACAUCCUUCUCACCACAUGCUUGGCCGUCGUGAUGACGUGGAUUUACAAAAGACAGCAAAAGGUGUGGCUGGUGGAGCAGAUGCCCGGGCCCAAGGCGCUGCCGCUCGUCGGAAACUCACUCUUCUUCUGGGGAAGCCCUGAGGUGCUUUUCCAACAACUGUACAAGGUCACGGAGUUCGGCGCCGUGGCGCGGUUCUGGCUGGGCCCAAAGCCGUACUGCUUGCUGAGCAGCGCCAAGGCGGUCGAGGCGAUCCUGAGCAGCCAGAAGCACCUGCACAAGAGCUGGGAUUACUCGCUGCUUCAUCCUUGGCUCGGCGAAGGACUCAUCACGUCUGCAGGAAAGAAGUGGCACUCCCGCAGGAAGCUCCUGACGCCCGCCUUCCACUUCAGGAUCCUGGAGGACUUCCUUGACGUCUUCACGUCCCAGACGGACACGCUGGUGAGGCGGUUGAGGGCGCAGGCGGACGGGCGGCCCUUCGACGUCUUCCACUACAUCACCCUGUGUGCGCUGGACAUCAUAUGCGAGACGGCGAUGGGGCGUCGCGUCAACGCCCAGGAGGAUUCCGAGUCGGACUUCGUGAGGGCCGUCCACGACCUGUCUUCCCUGAUCCAGUUCCGGCAGUUCCGGCCGUGGCUGCAUCCCGACUUCGUGUUCCACCUCACCAGCCACGGCAGGAAGCACGACGCCUGCCUCAAGGUCAUCCACGGCCUCGCCAAACAGACGAUUUCCAUGAGGAGGAAGGUGCGGCGGACAAAGGGCUUCGGGGCGCAGAAGAAGGCCCAGGAGGAUGACAUCGGCCAGAAGACCCGCCAGGCCUUCCUGGACCUUCUUCUAGAAUAUUCCGAGAAGGACCCAACGAUCACCAACGAAGAUAUCUUGGAGGAAGUGAACACCUUCAUGUUCGCGGGCCACGACACCACCACCGCCGCCAUGAACUGGUUCCUGUACGCCAUGGGCACGCACAAGGAGAUCCAGACUCGUGUACAAGAGGAGCUGGACGAGGUGUUCCAAGGCUCGGAUCGGCCGCCGACCAUGGCUGACCUGCGAGAGCUGAAGUACCUUGAGCUGUGCAUGAAGGAGUCCCUCCGGGUCUUCCCUUCCGUCCCCUCGAUCAUCAGGGAGAUCAAGGAGGAGAUUCAGAUCAACAACUACCGCAUCCCGGCCAGCACGUCCAUCGCAAUCCACGUAUAUCGGAUCCACCGCGACCCGGAGCAGUUCCCGAACCCGGAGGUGUUUGAUCCGGACCGCUUCCUGCCCGAGAGCUGCAACAAACGCCAUCCCUACGCGUACAUUCCCUUCAGCGCCGGACCCAGGAACUGCAUCGGCCAGAAAUUCGCACAGUUGGAGAUGAAGGUCGUUCUGAGUUCCAUCCUGAGGAACUUCCGCGUGGAGAGUGACAUUCCGUGGAAGGAUAUGAAGGUCCUCGGGGAACUCAUCCUGCGUCCCAAGGAGGGAAAUCCCCUAAAGCUUCAUCCCAGGAAAUAGAUUUUGGUAAAAAACCUUUGUAAUAUAUUCUUUAAAAUAUAUAGGAACAGUGAGAUUAAAUGUAAAUAUAUAUGUUCAGGAUGUGUACCUUCUUCCUUACUAAAGGUAUAUUGAGACUAGAUUCUCUGCACUGCCAUCUAGCACGACUUACAUUAUCUAAUAAAUAUUUUAUCCUCAGCAGUUGUAAAAAUAAAACAAAUUUCCCGCAAA